AUGGUGCCCGUGUAUGCUCUGACCAGUUCUGCGUGCGAUACGAGCAUUUUCCCUUCAUGCGAUGUGGGCUUGCCUGUCGGGAAGGAUGCACCAGGACCCUGGACUAACAGCAGCUUCUUUAAAGCUGUGCGCCGCUCUACGACGGCCAAGGCCAGAACAAGCACGCGAGAACUUAACGAGUUUGAGUUGCCAGUCAGCUUGCAUGGUGCGGACACGCCCAUUCUCGCCUUGAGCGGGUGUGGGGACGUAUUGCAUGAUGCCAGCAUUGCCGUUGGAAUCGGAGGCAGAAUACAGUGUGUCCUCGAGCUUGAGCGAUUAUUCGAAGUUCGGUACUAUGCUCCAGAGUGGAGCGUCUUCAACAGUAGCUGGCGCAAGGCCCUUGAGACCGUGCGCGAUCGAUGCGAGUGCCACCCGGGACCAUGCCCAACAAGCUUUGCUUAUGGCGUCUUGGUUGGAUUUGGAGGAACAGACCUUCGUGGCUCUCCAGCCCCGCGGUGGUUGCCAGCGGUGGUUGAGUCUGUUUUCUCUGUCAGGCAUUGGCGUACCGUGAAUCAUCAUGAGGCUCACGCCUUGAUGGGAUACUUUUCGUCCCCAUUCCGAUCUGCGUUCAUUUUGUCUUACGAUGGUGGUGGGAAUGACGGUUACUUCAAUGCCUUCGUUGCCAAAGGACAAGAAGUCACUCGCAUUGCUCGCCGGUCCAUGAACAUGGCAAUGUCGUAUGCGAUGCUUGGAGGUUUGCUGCCUGAAGUUACAGGCACGCCGGAAACUACUUCGUGGGUGUGCCGAGUGCUUGAGGAGAACUCAGAUGAUUGGAUUAAGACAAAGUUUUCGUUCCGCUGGAACCUCUACCACAUCCUCUCCUUUGCUGGAAAACUCAUGGGCUACUCUGGUGUAGCUCAGCCUUCCACCGAACUUGGCCUUUUGAUACGAGAGCUUUACAUCAAAAAGUCGAAGAAAGACAACAGGCUGCCCAGAGCCAUGUUGGCUAAGGUAUGCGAAUCAGAAGAGGGUCAGCGCGUGGUAGCUGCAACUGCUCAAUCUGAAUUUCAUGGCUUGGUCCGUGACAUCAUCAAGCAUGAUUUCCUGAGCAAGUUGCACGCGAAAGGCAUGAAUGUCGAGGGGAUUGUGCUUACUGGCGGGUGUGCAUUAAACGUGCUGGCUAAUCAGCUUGUCAGAGAUACCCUCACGGAAGCACGGUCGCAGCAGCCCGACUUCACGAAGCCACGAGAUGUCUACGUGCCCCCAGCUCCGAAUGAUGCUGGCCUGACAGUGGGGGCGAUCUGGGCAAUCGCACCGCCAACAGGUGCACGCCAGCCACUUCAGUAUUUGGGUUUCCGGCUUUGGGACAUCGAUGACCUUGCGGCGGAGGCCACCCGAAGGGGAGCAAUAAAGUUGUCGACCCUGGGUGGUGUCGAAUACCUGGCAGAGCUCCUCGCAGGUGGCCCGGCAUGGACAGCGCAGCAAGCGAGUGAUCCAAAGCCCAAAGAGAAGCCUAUCAUCGCAGUGGUCCGGGGGCGACAGGAGUUUGGGCCCCGAGCCUUGGGUCACAGGUCUCUCCUGGCCGUGCCCGAUGCAGCCAUGCGCGACAGGAUGAACAGGUUGAAAUUUCGGCAGUGGUAUCGGCCUGUCGCACCCAUGAUCGCAGAAGAAGCUUUGGAAGAAGUCUUCGGCUUCAAAUACACUUCCCCGUACAUGGAGUUCGCGCCAAAGGUGCGGAAGGAGGUGCAGGAAAGAUUCCCAGGGCUAAGCCACUUCGACGGAACCGCCCGUCAUCAGUCAGUAAGCCAUGCAGACGAGCCGUGGAUUCAUGCACUGCUUUUGGCCGUGGGGCGACGGACAGGACUUGCCGUGCUCAUGAACACGAGCUUCAAUUCCAAGGGAAAGCCGAUCACAAACACUGUCAAGGAGUCGCUCGCGAUGUUGGACGAGCUGGAAGAUCUGGAUUACGUUGUCAUCGAGGACUUUCUCUUUCCUGCGAAGCCUGGUCGUUACUAG